GGAACCCUGCGCCAAUGAGAACGGGCGGGGCCGGCGUCGGUCACCUGAUGGGGGCACGGCGGCGCCGCCAUGACCACGGCGCUGACCCAGGGACUGGAGCGCAUCCCGGACCAGCUGGGCUACCUGGUCAUCAGCGACGGGGCCGUGCUGGCGUCGUCGGGCGACCUGGAGAACGAUGAGCAGACGGCUGCCAUCCUCUCGGAGCUGGUGGCCACGGCCUGUGGGCUGCGGCUCCAGCGCAGCCACGACGCCCCCUUCAAGCGCCUCUCGGUGGUGUUUGGGGAACACUCCCUCCUCGUCACCGUCUCCGGACAGAAGCUCUUCGUGGUGAAGCGGCAGAACCACGUCCAGGAGCCCAUCGCCGUCUGAGACGCGUCUCCGCUGUCACCGAGAGUGGGGGACAGUCCCCCUCAUCCCCAGGGCCUUGGGGGGGCGGGGGGCAGGGAGCCAGCUGCCCCGUGCCUGCUGGCCCCUGUAGCAACACCUUGCUCGUGUCCCCAUCGCCUCGAGGGCCUUGGGGACGCGUCGUCCACGUCCCUGCAGUCCCCAAGGCCACAUGGUGCCUCAGUGCCACCCCCCACCCACUGUCCCUCUGUUGAGGCAAUAAAUUAUGUCCUUGUC